CGCAUAUAUAUGUAUAUGUGUGUGCGGAGAAACCAUUGAUGAUGGCUCAUAGGAAAAUUCAGUAAAAACACUAGAGCUGCAAACGCAAGUAAAUAUAAAAUGUUAUUAUAGCAGCGUGCAUGACAAUCAAACAAUAGCCGCAAUCAUAUCAAAGACGCGCGGUGGCGAUAAAGCUGAAGGGUUCGAAGAAACCAAAACGAAAUGGAAAUGGCAAAAACAAAAGCAAACGGCUGGGCGACUGUUUGUAACAGCACAAGUUCCGUGCCCAAAUAUUCAAAAUACACGCGCUACACGGAAUUGCGGCGCGUCGAUGACAACGACAUUUAUAAAUUAGCCACAAUACUGGAUGUGAAUGGCUGCUGGCGCAAGCUAAUGUCCAUUAUACCGAAACGUCUGGAUGCCCAGGCCUGCAGCGCACCAGGAGCACUCAAGUAUCAAGAAAUCGCUGCCAAGGUGGGGCUUAAGUAUAACGCGCAACAAAUAAGUCUGAUUGAUGGGACCGCUGAGCGCCUGACGCCCGGCCAAAGCAUAUCACAGGUAAUGAUCGAUGAGUGGAAAACUUCUGGCAAACUGAACGAACGCCCCACUGUGGGUGUGCUGUUGCAGUUGCUCGUACAGGCCGAGAUCUACAGUGCAGCUGAUUUUGUGGCCUUGCAUUUCUUGAAUGAGCCUAAACCUGAUCGCCCCACCGAUGGACCAGCAGCGCACAUAAGCUUGGAUUUGUGCAGUGAGGAUCUUAGCGAGGACAUGGAUGUGGACGAUGGUGCCAGUUACCAGCCCAAUACAUCCGCAUUAAAUGCAGCCGCAGCACAGGCGCGUGGAACUGGCAUGAAUUUGGAUUACUUCGACAAGCAUAUGGUUAGACGUGACAAGAGUGUGCCGCAACAGAUCGAGAAUGGCGCAUCCAUAUCCAGCUCCAGCCCGGUGCCAGUCGCACCACCACGAUCUUCACGCUUAUCCCGUCAUCUCAAGGCCACAACUAGCAAUGGGCCACUCAUAACAACAAAUGAACCCUCAUCCUCAGCCAACUUAAACACGGUUAACAUGCCCAAUUUAUCUAUUCUCAAUGCAAGUAGUGAAAAGCUGGUGUCGGCAAGUGAUCAAAAUCAAACACAGCCCCCACAAAAUAUACCUCAUCUAUCUAUACUCAAUGGCUGCUCCGAGACAGUAUCAAUAGCAACGACAUCUACGUCGCCACUGGAUGCUGGCAAUUCGGACACCGCCAGCAAUGGCAGCUAUAAUAGUACAAGCACUUCGACAGCGACCGUACCCAAUGUGCCUUUGAUAACGCUUUUAAUUGAAAAUUCCAGCUGCGAGAUAAGUGGCACAUCUGAUGCGACGCCGACAACAACAGCCACAGCAACAUCAAAAUCGAAAACAACGAAAACAGCCCCCGAUAUGAGCCAUAAUAAUUUGCCAGCGAUAAGCGCAUUAAAUUUGAAUACCGUGCAACCUGAUGGAAUCGAAGCCAAAGCUCGCAGCGAUAACGGGGGUAACAAUAGCAGCGGCACAAACAGCCUUAGUGUUGACGAAGAUGAAGACGAAGAAGAUGACGACGAAGACGAUGAUGUGGAUGACGAAGAGGCGGAUGUGUCAUUGCCUAAUCUGAGCAAUUCUGAGCAUCAUAAUUCCAAUAACGACUCAAGUCUAACGACAGUAACCGGCACCAGCGGCGAUAAUAGCUUUGAGUUGACCAACGACUCAAGUUCGACAUCCAAUGAUGAUUACACCAACAAUAUUCCGAACCUGAGUGAACUACAGCAGUAAAGUAACCGUCCAGUAAUACGCACUAGUUUACUUUCUGCAAGCCACGCACACACACACACAUUCCAUAAAUCAUAUAGAAAUAUCAAUCUUUUAAUGUAUG